AUGAACGACUGGAAGUACUUGUCGUCUGUCUGGUUGGAAAUCUUAGACAGUAGUUCCAGGUCCUUGUCGAUGACCUUGUCCGACUGGUCGUUCAUCGCCUUGAGCAGCGUGACGAAGAAACUGCAACGUAAGCUGGUUCAUAAUCAAUGUGUAGUUGAUGUCGGCGUGAUGGGAGGCGGCAAGGUCCAUGAGGUUGGCAUUGAGCGUGACGGCGAUUUCGCUCAGCUGUCUGUUGGAAUGCGAGAUCGUGGCCAGCAAAACAGACAGAAGUUUGGCCAUGAACACAAUGAAAGACUCGGGCGCAAUCUCCAGCAGCGACACGAGCCAUUGCAUCGCCACGAGCUGGAUCAGCUCCUCGGACGAGUCCACAGAUGCGAUGAGCAGGUCGAUGAUCUUGGGGUAGUCGAUCACCACGUCCUGGCCGGGGAUGCGUCCAGGAACGAGGGCAGGUACGAGAUCAGAUCGAGACCCGGGAUCGAGUCCAGCAGUCGCAGCCACGAGACCAGAAACAUUCGCGUGUACGGAUUGGAUGCGUACAUGCGUUCUUUGAGCAACGGGAUGAAUUUCGCCAGAGAGAAGGCCUUGGGCAAUUGUGGCUCGUAUACUUGUAGCGUCUUGCCCUUUUGGUCGACCACCUUUGCGGGAGGCGGAUCAACGGGUUUGGCCAGGAUCGAGAUGUAUGUGGCUGCCUUUUCGCUGGCAAUGUCCUUGAUGAGUCGGUCGAGAAUAUCUGCUGCGUUCUUCACGCUCAUUUCUACGUCUGCGACCAAACGACAGAGCACGUCGAAAAUCUCGUUGAAGUACACCAGAAUCUCUCCCUUGGAAACCUUGGCGAUGUUGUAG